GUAGUUCAAAGCCAAAAUGGUUACUUGCGGGCAGGUGUGUGACACCGUACUAGCGGCGGUUUUCGAGUACGAUACAGCCAAGAUAGUGCAUAUAAAAAGCAAGAAGGUUGGAGUAAUUAAUCGCUUGAUACAACUGGUUAUUAUUGUUUACGUUAUAGGGUAAGUAUUCGUACCGAUUUCUCACACAUGCAUGCGAGAACCAGCUGUUUCCAUGGAAUAUCACAAAUUAAGCAAUUUUCAAGUACAAGUUACUCAGCGCUAUUGCUAAACUCGGAGAUCGUUAUGUCACUUUGUAGCCAAUGUAUCUGAGUUACAUGGUCAUAUUCCUAUUAAUUCCAAUGAAAAAUUGGCCCUUUAAGCCUUAGCGUGACUCUGGUGCUCGUUUGAGCAUUAAAUUCUUACGAAACUGUAAUGAAUAAUUUUUUAAUUUUUUUUUUAUUUCAUUCUUCACUGACUUUCGCUGUGAAAGAUUCGUGGGUUUUAUUCUAUUUAUUAAAAACCAGAGUAAGAAAGGUGCAUAUGAAAAUGCAGGUGUAAUAUUAAGAGAUUGACUUACCCUCGUCUGCAUGAGUGCCGAUGAAUUUCCGCAUCAAAAUCUAAGUACAAGGUUGCUUGCAUAUGCUUCCUCGUAAAAAGACUGCAGCGCUCUGAAAAGAUUCCAAAAUCAGUCCCUUAACCCUAAUAAAUACCUUAAUUUUUUUAUGAUAGAUAAUAGCUACAUUUCUUAUGUACAAUAAUGAACAAUUCAAUUAAUCUACAAAAGAAUGGUAUGUUUUUCUGAUGCUUUUAAAACUUGCAGAUAUGUGAUUGUUUACAAGAAGGGGUACCAAGAGUCUCAGAAGCCAUACAGUUCAGUGACCACAAAAGUCAAGGGAUUGUCAUUCACAAACUUAACAAACAAGAGCAUGGAACUCUUUCUGUACGGCGGAUUUCAUGUUUGGGACUCAUCUGACUUUGUGAUACCCCCAGAGGUAUACUAAAACUUUUCAGGCUCUUUCUUUGCUUACCUUCUAUUACUAUACUAUGAAUCAAUAAAUUACAUUUUUAUCAUUGAAGGAGUGUGUGAAGGAGCAGUGUUUUCUAUAUGCUCUGCAAUUUGAAAUAGACAGUGCUCCAAUCUACAGCAGCAAUAUUGGGUGCCAAAACCAAAAGUUGCCAACUAGAAUUGGUGACUAGCAUUUAGCUUGGGUGGAACAAUACUGAAGGGUCACACUCACUUGUAUCCUAUUUUUUUCUAUUCAUAUAAAGGAAAAUAAUGUUGUGUUUGUCAUGACAAACAUGAUUAUCUCACCUAACCAAAAUCAGUCCACAUGUCCUGAGGACCCAAGCUUUCCAGACGUGAGAUGCAAAAGUGACAGUGAUUGUACACCAUUUGAACCAGUCAAAAAUGGCAAUGGUAAGCCAUGAAUUUUACCCUUUGGUGUUCAUUUGAAGUAUAAUUCUUAUUAUUUAAUCCUUUAACUCCUAAAACCUGAUUGCUAAUUCUCUGCUCUUGCUGUUACACCAUUCCUUGUAAAUUACUCAUGAGAAUUUGGUGUAAGAUCAAGAUAAAAACUUCCUCCUGAUAUAGUAUUCUCAUUGAUCAUUUGCUAGAAAAUGUAUAGUUAUCAUAGGGAGAAGUUACAUGUUAGUCACUUCUGAGAGUUAAAGGGUUAAGAACACUACAUUCCUUUGUUAAACCCUUUUUGAAUUAGAUUUUAGCAAAUGCCUUUGUGGUGCCUCAAUGAUAAAUGUUUUCACCCAUUCAUGAAACUGAAACUAGACUAAAGGGACCCUUUUGAGAAGAACCUCCCAAGAAUCUCUCAAAAACCAAACCAACCAGUUAAUUAUGGAUAAUAAUGAAUAACAAACUAGGAAACAGUGUCCUUAUAACAGUAAAUAACUGUUAUAAAAAGAAACUUGCAGACUUAAGGAAGAGAAUUUAGAACUUGGAUCAUGUAGAUCCUGUCUUGUGAUAAAGAUAAAAUUUACAUUGUGUUAUGGUUUCCUUCAUUUUUCGCAAAAAGGCAUCAAGACUGGAAAAUGUGUAGAUGCUGAUAGAAAGCCCUUUGGUAAAGUUUGUGAAAUUUAUGCAUGGUGUCCAGUGGAGAUUGACGAGCUUCCCAUGCCAGGGUACAACUUAAGGUGUGUUAAACAAACCUUUAUGAGAAGUAAGAGUAGUUCCAAGUCAUUGUGUUUAAGUCAUGGCAUACCUCGUAAACCUAAGGUUGCAUCAACAAUAUAAAUUUCUUCCAUAGUAACACUGUUCCACUUCUUGAUGCUGCCAAGGAUUUCACCCUUCUCAUAAAGAACAGUGUACAGUUUCCAAAGUUCAACAAAUCACUGUAAGUAUCCCAUAAGUGAAAUAGAUAAUCUUGAAUUAGUGGUACAAAAGGAGUUAUUGUUGAGUUAUAAUAUGUGUUUGUUUCUGUACUCUUGGCUGAUUUAGGAGAAACAUCAUGACAGAAGAUGAAAGUAACUUGAAGAACUGUAAUUAUGACCCACAAACUGAUCAUCUUUGUCCAAUUUUCAAGCUCGGAAAAAUAGUUGAAUUGGCAGGUGUGAACUUUGAAGAUAUUGCUUUUAAGGUAUGUCUUGUGGAUGUAAUUGAGGAAUUUGUUGAGUGAGGUCUCUUACUUUAUGUAAAAAAUAAGGUCCAGGUUACAGACAGAUUGUGUAUUGAUCAACCAUGAUUUCAAAUAAGAGAGAAAAAUUUCACUUCAAGUUUUGGUUUUUGCAUGUGUAUUCUUCUCUGGGUUCCCUUCCACUUCAAAUUAUAAAGAGCCCCUGAUAUUCACAUCCUCGCUUUGCUUUUCUUUCAAUUCAAUAAACACCUGCAAUCCUUGUUUUUUCUUUUCCUUUUCUUUUUAGGGUGGGGUCAUUGCCAUAAUCAUAACAUGGAACUGUAAUUUUGACCCCCUGGCAUAUUUCUGUGAACCUAAGUAUUCAUUCAAGAGGUAAUUGAUUUAAAAUUUUUCUAUUUGGAAUGCAUCCAAUUUUAGUUUUUCUAUGCUAUAGUUUACACAGCAUGUAUUAUAAUGGAAGCUUCUUAUCAUGUUAGUAAGGAAAUAAAUAUCUUUAUCACACCAGAUAGAUGGGUGUGUUUACUCUUUAAUUGAAAAUCACUGUAGAAAAAUCCCCAUGUGAGAAUUGUAUGUGAUGGUUUAAGCAGGGCUGGAAUAAGCCAUGUGACCCAAUAAGAUGAAGCUGGGAGAAGAAAGACAGAAUAAGAAAGAUUGGUAAAGAUUGGUAGUCACAUGAUAAAAGGCUUAUUGUCUGAGUUAGGUCAAGCUUGGGAGAAUAUAUUUGACAUACAGUCUUGAACCACAGCUUUCACUGUUCUCUGACUGUAUGUUAUGACCUGCAACCAAAUAUGUACCUACCCAGCUGCCUACUUAGUUAAUAAGUACAUAUUAUCUCUGAGCUUAUGAUAUGAAAUAUAUAUGGCUGGUUCAGGGAAAAAUGGUUCUCAGAAGUAAUAAUUGGACACAUAAUCACAUGAUCUUUAAUCUAUUCAAUGAGAAUUAACACAUGAUUCAUCAGAAACCUAAUAGUGAGCAAUUCUUGAAAUUGCUGGCCAUAAGCAACUUGUUUCUUAAAAAAUUACUUACUUCUGUGGUGCUAUCCAAUCAAAACUAUUCCAGUAGACAUUACAGGUUAGCAAAAGGGGUCAGCAUAACAGGUCAGCAGAUCAAGCAGAAACACACUAGUUUCAGAACACUUUUAUAAGAACAUGUCAUUACUUUGAACUGAAGAUCAACUUACUUAGUGAUUAUGUCAUCAAUAUGUCAAUCAUGUGGUCAAUUAUAAAAUCAAAUGUUAAUCAAUAAAUUAAAUGUCAGUUAAGGAAACAAUGACAGAUGAUUAUUUGGGAACCAUUUCUGCAGCCAUGGUUUGUAUUGAACUUUUUUUUUUUACCUUAAAAGUUUGCUGAGGUGUACCUUACUUUUGGUUUAAGUUAGAUAUAUAACUGAAUGGUUUUCCUACCUCUAGAUUGGAUAACUCUAAAUCACCAAUUGCACCUGGUUAUAAUUUCAGGUAUGUGUAUUAACUAGUGACCACUUUUCAUGUGUCUCUGUUUGAAAUGGAGAACAUUGUCAUUACUUCCCUUGCAUCAUGUGAUAUAUCAGGACCAUGAGUACUAGACAGAUAUUUGCACUACACUAUUCAGCAAGAAAAAACCUGAAAGUAGUUGCUGUAUCAUUCUUUUUUAGCAAACUUCCAGCUUUUCCUCUCACUAGGGAUAAGGAAGUGACUAUGAACAAAGUUUGGCCUGUGAAGCUUAUACAUUAUAGUAGUAACUCUGUCUUGUUGGAUGCCGGUCCAUCAUAAUUUAAGCCUUCUCUUGGCAGAACUUUUUAGAUAUUCUUGGCUAGAAUCAAUAUUUUAUACAUGGCAAAAAGAGCUGGCCUAUUUUUAAGAUGGCCAGUAAUGUUCAAAGUCGGUUUGUGUAAAUUUAAAUUUUUUACAGUUUCCCAGAACAUAAAUUCUAAUUACGAAAGGAAAAAUGAUGUUUUUGCAGCUACGGCUGAUACUGAAGCUUGAAGCUUAGCCAGGGGUUUACUGGACUUGUAAAUAAAUAAUAUGAUUACUUAUAGCAGAUUGCUUUUAGUUAUCAAUAAUUUACUGUAUCCUUGGUUAGUUCAAGUCCAAUGACUUAUGUCAACUUUGUUUCAGAUAUGCUAAUUAUUAUGUUCAAGACAAUGUCCUACACAGGACUUUGUUCAAGGCCUAUGGAAUACGCUUCAUGAUCAUGGUGUAUGGAGAGGUAAUGUCUAAAGUGUAGAAAUGAAAUUCUCUGUAAUUUAAGCUGUGAGCUUAUUAGUUUGUGGUAUGCAGGUAUUGAGUUAUUUUCUCAUUUCUGCAGGGAGGAAAGUUUAGUGUAAUUCCACUGUUUCUUAAUUUGGGUUCAGGUCUUGCCCUGCUUGGCAUUGUAAGUACCAGUAAACCAGGUAGUACUUCUACAGUAACUUGCAAGUAACAUAUUUGUUCUAAAAUGAUAAACUUUACAGAUGAUAAACAUAACAAGGAUUGUCUUGUAUUUUGAUGUAAAGGGAUGACUUUGUGGGGAACACUGAUUCAUCUAGGGGGACAUUAAGUCUAAAAUUUUUUUUUUCAAAUUUUGCAAAAACUAGAAGGAAUGUAGGUAGGUAAGAGUAAACUAUGUGAUCAUUAUUGGAACCCUUUCAACUGACAUUUUUGUGUAUGUAAAUAAAAUCUGGGAUCUGUUUUAUGAGAUCUUGACUUGAUUAAGAGGAGAGUGAAUGGUGAAUGGAAGAAGAGUGGGAUUGGGUGCUAAUGGAGAGGUUGGUAAAAAGAGGAGUUGGAUAAGUCAACCAUGUCACCGAUGGAGGGCAAGUUUUUAUGGCAGGCAAUCAAUUGAGUAAAGGAUAUUUUAGGGAAAUAUGUAGAGGUAUUGCACUUAAAUUAGGGGCAUCUGAAAUAACAUAUUUGGGCAAGCAUAACAAAUGUAAGCCACACCAUGUACAUGUUUUGUCAUGAAAUGAAAUGUCAUCACACCUUGUUUCUGCCAUUGUAGGCUACAGUUUUGUGUGACAUUGUAGUGCUGUAUGUGCUGCAGAAGAAGUACUUUUACAGAGAGAAAAAGUAUUUAAUGGUUGAUACUGAUACAGACUCUGAACCUGAAAGUGAACAGGUAAUUCAAAAUGUUCUGUUAAAC